AUGGGCCUCGGAACGUGGGCGUGGGGAAAUAAGUUCCUGUGGGGAUACGACAAGGAAAUGGACGAGGAGCUUAAGGAGGUAUUUGACCUGGUCGUGUCGCGCGGGAUUAAUAUCUUCGACACGGCUGACUCCUACGGAACUGGAGCGCUUAGCGGCCGCAGCGAGCAGCUCCUGGGCCAAUUCAUUAAAGAGUACCCCGGCAGUGACAAGUACCGCAGUGACAUCCGCAUUGCCACCAAGCUCGCCGCGUAUCCCUGGCGCCUCACCCCCGCACAGAUGGUGGGCGCCUGCAGGGCAUCACUGGAUCGCCUGGGCUUGGAGAAGCUGGCGAUAGGGCAGCUGCACUGGUCUGCUGCCAACUAUGCUCCGUUUGCAGGAGAGGGUGCUGUGGGAUGGGCUCGUCGCCAUGUACGAGGAGGUGAGAUCGAGAUUGAAACAGGCCUGGUGGAGUGUGUGGGGGUGAGCAACUACGGCCCCCAGCAACUCGUGUUUUGA